AUGAGAAACAGGGCUAGCAACACGUUGUCUAAAGGCAAAAUCCGUCAAUCAUGGAGCAAAUACAAUCUCUAUAACCUCCAACGAUUCCGCAGCCCACCUACCGCCAAUCGCACUUUCUUCCAGCAGAAAUGGUCUGCAAAGGCUGCCUCUCGUGCUUAUCACGGCGAGCAGGUCCGUGAGGGACAAUGGAAACGCAUGUUCAACCAUCGCAUCCGUAGUGUCAUCCCUAUGAAUGCCUCCGAUUUGGCUGCCGAUGACGGAUCCCUGGUUUCAGCCGGCCGAGGCUCUGGACUCGAUCAGGAUGGAAAGCCCACGCAUCAGACCCGUCCUACACCUUACACCCACAUGGCCUUUGCGCCCUUGGAACGCCGUUUGGAUGUGGCCAUCUUCCGGGCUCUAUUUGCUAGCAGUGCGAGACAGGCAAGACAGUUUGUCAUCCACGGAGCAGUCACUGUGAACGGACAAAAGAUGAGACACCCCAGCUACCUCCUUAACCCUGGUGACCUCUUCCAGGUUGAGCCGGAUCGUGUCAUGUUCGCUACCGGUACCCCGAAGAAUAAGCUUGAGCGACGUGAAGGCCGAUUAGCCCAAAGAAAGGAGCCAGAGCAAGCCGAGGACACCGAAGCCGCCGAAGCCGCCGAAGCCGCCCCAGAAGUCGAAGCAAAGCCGAAAGAGACUGUGAAGGAAGAUAAGAAGGAGACCCUCAAAGCACUUAUGGCGCAGGCUAAGUCUGUCAUGUCGAAUGACAAGGACAGUCUUCCGGCCAAGCGCAAGCAGGAGCUCCGUGGCUUCCAAAAGGCCGUCCGCCGUGUGCUAUCUCGCUCUGAGUCUAGCACCGUCCUCACAGACAGCCUGGAGGCACAAUUCUCCCAGCUGACGCUACUCCUCAACGCCAAGCGUGCCGAGCAGAAGCCGGAAAAGAAGGAGCAGAAGGAUGGAAAGGAUGCGACGCGCCGUCCAGAUGACGCCUCCGCAUCCAACACAGGAGAGAAAGAUGUGGCAGCUAGCGAUAAGCUCUCUGAAGCCUUCGCACAAGCAACACAAGGCAACGAGGUCGACGCGUCGGAGCUUAGCGAUGAAGAGUUUGACACGCUCAAGCGUGCUCUCACACAAAUGCGCGACAACCCCAUCGACAACACUAAGUCCUAUGCCACCCCCUGGCGCCCACGCGAUUACAUGUCCGCCUUUGCCUUCAUCCCGCGCUACCUUGAGGUCAACCAGAACAUUUGUGCAGCCGUCUACCUCCGCCACCCUGUGGCCCGCCCUGGCUCCGCCGAGGUUCCCACUCCCUUCGGCGAGUCUAUUGCUACCCCGGCCUAUGGCUGGUACCUGAGGAGACGGUGGUAG